CCUUUCCCGGUGUCCCCUCUUCUCCCACUCUCUCUCUCCCCAUGCCCGGCCGGGCCAUGCCCCCGGCCCGUCCCCGGCCCCGGCCGUCCCGCCGCGCUCUCGCCUCCGGCCGGCUCUGGCCGUGCUGGCGGCGGCGCUGCUGGGCGGGCAUCAGCGCCUGGGGCUGGGGCGGCAUCGCCGCCCUUUGGCUCCGCCCGGCCCGAGCCCGGCCCCGGCCCCGGCCCCGGCUCCUCGCGGGGCCCGCGGAGGACACAGGCGGCGCGGCCGCUGCCGCCGCCUCCGCUGCGGCUCGCCCGGCCCGAGCUCCGCCGCUCGGCAGCGCGGCCGCCGGCCCCGAGCUGCCGCUGUCCCGUGUCAGGGAGCGAAGGCCUGGCGAUGGCCGGCCCGGGGCGCUUGAGGGGCGCUCGGGGGCCGGUGCUGGCCCCGGGCCGAGCGCUGACAGCCACGUCCCGCCCGCAGGGAAGGCGCAGCGGGGCCUGAAGGAGCAGCACCGGCUGGGCUCGCUGCUGGGGCGCGGCGGCUUCGGCAGCGUCUUCGCGGCCACGCGGCUCUCGGGCGGCGCCCCGGUGGCCAUCAAAAGGGUACCACGGAAGCGCGUCCGGCACUGGGGCGAGCUGCCCGACGGCACCAGCGCACCCCUGGAGAUCGUACUGCUGGCCAAGGUGUCCACUGGCUUCCCCGGUGUGGUCCAGCUGCUGGAGUGGCUUGAGCUCCCCAAGGACAUCUUGAUGGUGCUGGAUUGCCCGCAGCAGUCUCAGGACCUGCAGCAUUUCAUUCGGGCACGGGGCUUCCUGUCCGAGGAGGUGGCGCGGGAGCUGUUCCGCCAGGUGCUGGAGGCCGUGCGGCACUGCACCAGCUGUGGGGUCCUGCACAGGGACAUCAAACCAGGGAAGAUCCUGGCUGACCUGGCCACCGGGCAGGCCAAAUUGAUCGACUUUGGCUGUGGCACCUACCUGCAAGACACAGCCUAUCCUCACUUUGAAGAGUGCCAAGACCUGAUCAGGCGGUGUUUAUCCAUGCUGGACAUGGAAAGGCCUUCAUUAGAACAGCUCUUGUGUGAUCCUUGGAUGCAGGAUAUUCAUCUGCCCUGGAAGAAGGGAGAGAGCCACGGGCACACUGUGAUGCAGGGCCCUGCCUGGUCUCACCCCAGGGAAGGAGAAGGAGCCCCUGGAGAAGCUGUGCCAGGUGGGGCUGCUGCUGCUGGAGCCAGCGAGGAGCACAUCAAGGAUGACAACCUCUUCCGGGACCUGGCCACUGGCAAGCUGAAGAUGAUAGACUUUGAUUCUGGCACCUUCUUCAAAGCCAGGCUCCACAGGGAAUCUGCAGAUGAGUCCACACGCAGGGGGAUGCUCCCAGAUUUGGGCAUUGCACAGCCUGGCUGGGAAACAAAGGUCUCUGAACGCCAAGGCACAAGGUUUGCAGGGCCUGUGCCUGCUACACAACACAAACAAACCCCCAUGGCGGGAGCACAGGUGGGACUCCAGAACCUGUGCAGGGCCUGCUUUACUGUGCAGAGGAAGCAUUUUAGGUGGGCUCCAGUCUGGAUUGGGAAGUGCUUGGGACCAGCUGCGGCGUGGAUGGGCCGUGCCCUUGGAGAAGGCUGAGGACAUUGUUUGGGACCAGCUUUUCUUCCAGCCCUGGAUGGUGUGAGGUCCUUGCAGCAGGAUGAGCUCCAUGAAUCCCCUUGAGCCUCCCCACCCUUCUCAGCCCACGCACCCACCUCAAUUAGGCUGAAGCUGAAGCUUCUCUGUCUCCUCUGGCCCACCAGUCCCGUGCUGUGUGCAGGGAGCCCCAGUCCCAGAGCACAGCACACAACAGUGCAGUCCAGGCUGGAGCAGCUGUCCUGCAGCCCUGGCUUGGCUGUUUGUGGCAAGGGAAUGCUUCCUGUUUCCAGCUGUCCCUGCAGGAUGGCCCCAGGGCAGAGCCCAGCCGGGCUCCCACUGCAGCCCCUGGAGCUUGGGGCAGACAGUGCUCCCAGAGCUGAGGUUCAUGGGCGGCACCCAGAGCUGUGCCUUGCACUCUGUUGCCGUGUGUCCCAGCGCAGGCUGGCUAGCACUGUGUGAAUGCACC